CAGUCAACGUUGGGGCAGGCUCGCGGAUAGAGCUAAAAGUGUGCAAGGCGCCCAAACCCCGCGGCGCCAACAACAGUAAUCUGAGCUGCGGAUUGCAUUUGAGCAGUGGUGCCUCAGGCCUUGUCCUGCAUCUCGAGAAGAAUGUGUUGAAAUUAUUUCUCUCCAGCAGAAUAUUUGGAGCACUGCAGGACUUCUUUCUCAAGGACUGAGGUGCGGGGCGGAGGGUGGUGGAUGGAGAGAGGAGACACCGUGAAAUGAUGAAGCUCGUUUACUGCAGCAUCACUCCUUCCAGAUAAAUGAUCCUGUAAAACCUUGCAAUGAUGCCACUGAAAGAGCUGCGUAGGCUGUGGGGUGUGAGGAAGCAGAGCGCAACGGGGAGCGGCGGCGAGGAUGGGGGCAUGACGAGUGGCGGCGAGGACGGAGGCGGCGAUAAGGAAGGCGGGGGCGGUGAAGGCGGUAGAGGCGGCACCUGUGCGCUGCCCCUGCUGCAGGUAUGGCCGAGCCAGGACUCACCUCGUGGGGAGGCCGACGGCCAAAGUUUCAUCUUCGUCUCCGAGGAGACAGCAGCUGGCAACUCUCUCGUGCACAACGCAUCGCGUGCCGACUCCGGCAUAGAUUCGGUUCAGGCGAGUCCGUGUUGUGCUGCCGAGAAGGAGCCGUCGCCGACGACAGGAGGUCGACGCCCGAGCACGUCGCUUCUGCACCCGAACCACGCCCGACUGCUGCGACGGCCAUCCUCACCCGAGAACCACUCCUCCAUAGACGAAGAGUUCCCCCCGUGCAACGGCUCCAAGUCGUCGUCCACGGCCUCCUCGAUGACAAGUGUAGCCGCCGCCGGCAGUCACCGACUGAGCGACCCCUGGGAGCGGGAGCGCGACCGCAGACGCAGCUCAACCAUCACCGCUCGCUACUCGCUACUCGACGCCCUGGACCUGGAAUACGCGUUACUCAGAGCGGCGGCCAGAGGCAGUGUGGGACCCUACAGUCUCUCAGAAUCUCUCCACAAGUUGACGUUCACCCAAAGCCUCGCCUUCCCCGCGCUCGCCAGAGGCCUGGCCAGCAAGCGGCGUCCCUCGCAGACGCAGGCGGCGCCCCUCGACCCCAACGACUCCGGACUGAACGCGUUCGCGCGCAUCAUCACCGCCCUCGUGCUCAUGCUCGUCAGUGUUAUGGUGUUUGGUGUUGUGUACAAGUUUGUGAGGACGUGAGGGUUGCUCGUGUCCCCUCAGCCGGGACACGAGGAGCAGAUGCAUCACAGUCAUGGCUACCGUACCAGCUAGCACCUCCCCCCACCACCCAGUGCUAUCUUCUAUAUAAGCACUCUCAACUUCGGCCUACUGCUACAGAAUGCCUUCUAACAGACAUGGAGUCAACAAUGGUUGUCUCAACACUGAGGUGUACAUAGACAGUGAAUUGAUAUUUUUCUACUUUAUCGACCAAAGUUGAAAUAAAAUACUAAUUUGUAAUAUGUUAUUUAAGGUCUUCAAGCGUCGAAUCUAUAGUUACCAAAUAAUGCAUUUAAUUUUACGAGUUAUACUUAUUUCCUGUAUAUUUUAUUUCCAUCCUUCUCAAUAAUUAUUUUCUGUAAUAUGCUUUCAGUGUAACAAAUACUAAUUUUGUAGUACCGUAUGCUGAUUUGUUAGAGAUCUUCAAGCGUCGAAUCUAUAGUUACCAAAUAUUGCAUUUGAUCUGUACGAGUUAAACUUAUCUUAUGAAUCUUUCAUUUUUACCCUUCUCAAUGAUUAUUUUCUGUACAUAUAUGCUUCAUAUAUAGAGUCUUAUAAUCGGAGAUUCGGAGUUUACAAAGUUAAUGAAGAACGAAGAAAGAUAUUUCUGUCACUUUUAACUUUGACAAAGUGUUUGGUUCUAGAACAAACCAAUUAAUCGACAUUUAUCAUCAUUCUUUGAAUAUAUGAAAAAAUAUUUUUCUGUGAUUCUGAAAAAUUAUCUGUGAAGAGUAUUUACACUAAUUUUGGUUUAUUGAGAAGGAUUCGUUUAAUUAUUUUUAAUGCCCGGUUCCACCAAGCUGGAUCAUACAUUUGAACAUGGUAAAAUCUCAACGAGUUCACUGAAAUACAGACAUUAUUCCUAUGGCGAUAGUUCAUGACCAGGAUCAGAUGUAUUGACCGAGCUCCAUGAAACCGUGCAUGAUCCUCUUAUUGAUUAUGAAUAUACUUGUGAGAUCUAUAUUAUUCAACAGAAUAUACCACAUUUUUUAUAAAAUCAGUUUUUUAUCUGAUGAAAAUAUGUUAAGGCAAAUUUUAUUUUGGAGCGUAGUUGUUUUCAGGUUGAAUGAAGAGAAGAUUUGUGAAACAUUUGAGGAAAAUUGCUCAUAAAUAUUAUCUAUUCACGAAAACAUUCAUGAAAUAAAGUUUAGUUUGAUCAAUUA